UAAUACUGGUUACAUUAUUUUUCUAGCCUACAGUAGCAAUGAACUUUCCGUUCAAUCUUCUGUUUCAAUACCUUCUUCAUCUGUAUCUACAACAGCUCCGACACCAAAACAGAAUGCUUUAAAAUCUGAAAUUUCAGUACUUGAAGCCGAAUUAAAUGCUACCGUAAGAAAGCGAGAUGCAGGACUUGGAAAAGACGGGAUUGAGAAGGAAAUAAAAAAAUUAAGGCAUGAUACUGAUUUGAAGAAAAAAGAGUUAAAGAACAAAAUAGUACGUGCAGAAAACAUGCGAAAAUUUAGGGCAAAGCAAAAAACCGAAGUUUUGAGCCUGAAAUCCGCUCAUCCCAACGUGCAAUCUUCG